AGUAUGCGAAUCAAUCCCCUCUAUAUAAAUCAUCUAUACCGGCUGUAGGUGAUCAUCUCUUCGGUAAUUAAAGAAAUAAAAAAUUCCCGAGAUGCGGUGGUGGUGGUGGGAUGUUAUCAACCCCAAAGACGAACACGCAAGAUCAGUACUCACACUUUCCGUCUUACUUCUUUCAGUUGUAUGGUACGUCACCAUGGUUAGGAAAUGUCACAAGGGACGGUCAAGAUCACCGCCAGGCCCACCAGGCCUGCCCUUGUUGGGAAACCUCCUCUCUCUCAACCCCGACCUCCACAUCCACUUCGCCGAGUUGAGUCGGAGGUAUGGCCCGAUCUUCAAGCUGCAACUCGGCAACAAGCUCGCGGUUGUCGUGAGCUCCCCAUCGCUAGCAAAGGAGGUGCUGAGGGACCACGACAUGGUCUUUGCCAACCAUGACGUGCCGGCAGUGGGCCGCCUCAUCUCGUAUGGUGGGUGCAAUAUCGUGUCGAGCCCUCAUGGCCCUAUGUGGCGCAUGCUGCGGAGGGUGUGCGUGCAGGAGAUGCUGAGUAAAGCGAGCAUCGAUGCAGUGUACGCCUUGCGCCGGCGCGAGGUGCGUGGGACGGUGGGCCGUUUGUAUGGGAAUGCUGGGAUGCCGGUCUUAGUGGGAGAAGAGAUGUUUUCAAUGGUGAUGAACGUGAUUACGAGCAUGUUGUGGGGUGGGACACUUGAAGGGGAGGAGAGGAGUGGGGUCGGAGCGGAGUUUCAGAAGGUGGUGGGUGAAAUUACUGAGUUGCUGGGUAAGCCCAACGUUUCGGAUUUAUUCCCUGUUCUAGCACCGUUGGACUUGCAAGGUAUGGAACGGAAGAUGAAGGGUUUGUUCUUGCGGUUUGAUGGGAUCUUUCAGUCGAUCAUAGAUCGACGGCUGAGGAUGAAUAGGGAAGAUGAAGAGGGCAAGUGUUGCAGUAGCAAAGGAAGCAAGGAUUUUUUGCAGUUCCUGUUGAAGAUUAAGGAAGAAGGAGAUGCUGAAACGCCAUUGACCAUGGCUCACCUCAAGGCCCUGCUUAUGGACAUGGUGGUGGGUGGGACCGAGACGACCUCCAACACGCUGGAGUGGGCCAUGGCCCACAUGAUCAACAAGCCAGAUACCAUGAGAAAGGCCCGAGAUGAACUGGAUGCUGUGGUGGGGACAGAUAGCAUCGUGGAAGAAUCGCACGUGCCCAAGUUGCACUACUUGGGCGCGGUGAUGAAAGAGGUUCUACGGCUGCACCCGGCUCUACCGCUCCUGGUCCCACACUGCCCGAGUCUAACUUGCACCGUGGGUGGGUACACUGUCCCAAAGGGUGCUCGUGUGUUUGUGAACGUGUGGGCUAUACAUAGGGAUCCUUUGACGUGGGCCAACCCCUCCGAAUUCGAUCCAGAGCGGUUCAUCACGGCCACGAACAAAUGGGACUAUGGUGGGAGUGAUUUCAGAUACUUCCCAUUCGGGUCUGGAAGGAGAAUAUGUGCUGGGAUUCCCAUGGCGGAUCGGAUGGUCAUGUAUGCACUUGCAUCGCUCCUGCAUUCGUUCGAGUGGCGUUUGCCGGAUGGUGGAGAGCUCAACCUCUCGGAGAAAUUCGGGAUGGUGUUGAAGAAGGCAGAGCCGUUGAUUGCUGUUCCCACGCCAAGAUUAUCAGGUCCAGAGUUCUACUUGGAAUAGAGGACUCUCAUUUUCUAGUCUCUAACACAUAUGACGUAUGUG